UCCUCGAGGUCGCGCCCCCCGGAUCUUAAUCAAAUCGAAUGGGAAUUUUGACGUCCGCAAGGACAAAGCCUCAGAAUUUUCUGCUUCCGCCUCCCCUCUCUCUCCCUCUCUCCUGUUUCGUCUCGCUUUCUCUCUCCUCCUCGCUCCGCCUCCCCUCCUCCCUCCCUCCUCCAGUCCACAGACCCAAAUCCCGUCGCUCGCACACAGGGACGAGAGGGAAAGAUUUUUUUAACGAACUGAAUUUUUUUUAUCCCGCUGUUAUCUCCCUCCGAGCGGCAGCGCAGCGGGGAAGCCUAAACCCUAGCCGGAGCGGAGCUUAUCCGGCGCGGCGGCGGCGGUGGUGGCAGUGCUGCUCCUCGCGGCAGUGCGCGGCCGACGGCGCGUCCCUGCGGGCCUCGCCGCGCGAUUUGGCGCGGGUUCGAGCUCUGGAUCGCCGGAUUCGGGGCGGACUGGAUUUUGCUGGCUGGUUGCGCCGGGUUUGCUGCCUUGUUCCUGCCCAAUUUUGGCGGAUCUUGCGGCCGUUCCGUGCUGAAAGGAUGGCGAGGUGAGUGGUGACGCGCUCGAUCUUGGGAGUAGUUUCUGCUGAGUUCGUAGCUCUCCCAUUGCCUGCAACGAUGGUAUCGUCAGGGCCGCCGAACCCAAUGGGGCCUGGGCAGCCAGUAGGCGGUGCCUCACUUCUCCGGACAAGUUCUAGCCUGCUCAGUGGUGGCCAACAGGGAAUGGGUGGGGGUGGCGGCAUGCUUCAGUCGCAGUCCCCGUUCUCAUCUCUCGUCUCCCCAAGGUCUCAGUUUGGUGGAAAUGGCUUGCUGGGAGCAACCUCUAAUGUCUCCUCCCUGCUUAAUCGGUCAUCGUUUGGAAAUGGGAGCCCUGUUCCAAGUCCAGGACAAAUGCCAAACGGUGGGCUUCCGAUGAAUACCCUUCAGCAGAGAGGGGGCCUUGAUGGCGCUGGUGAUUUUACUGGCACUGGAGGAUCCGAUCCUAUGUCGUUUCCAUCCUCCUCCUCGCAGGUUAGUUUGGGCAAUCACCUAGGUUCAGAUAUCCUGCAGCAGCAGCAGAUGGAUGUGCGGGAUUUGCAGCACCAGCAAGAGCAACAACAUCAACAACAUCAACUGCCGAUGUCUUACAACCAGCAGCAGUUGCCGUCACAGCAGUCGCAGCCGCAGGCUGCAGUGAAGUUGGAGAAUGGUGGCAGCAUUGGUGGAGUCAAAUUAGAACAGCAGAUGGGGCUGCCUGACCAGAAUGGCCCAGUCCAGAUGAUCCGCAAUGCUGGAAAUGUAAAAUUUGAGUCGCAGCAGUUGCAAGGGUUGAGGGGUUUGGGUGCAGUCAAGAUGGAGCAGUCGAGUUCCGACCCAUCAGCAUUCUUGCAGCAACAGCAGCAACAACAGCAGCACCAUCACAACUUGUUGCAACUCACGAAGCAGAACCCUCAAGCUGCUGCGGCUGCCCAACUGAACCUCUUGCAACAGCAGCGUCUUUUGCAUAUGCAGCAGCAGCAUCAGCAGCAACACCAACAGAUUCUAAAGAAUCUGCCUUUACAGAGAAACCAAUUACAACAGCAACAGCAGCAGCAGCAGCAACAACAACAGCAGCAGCAGCAGCAGCAGUUACUUCGUCAACAGAGUCUAAACAUGAGAACCCCAGGAAAGCUGGCUCCUUAUGAGCCAGGUACCUGUGCAAAAAGAUUGACCCAUUACAUGUAUCAUCAACAGAACAGACCACAGGAUAACAAUAUAGAGUACUGGAGAAACUUUGUCAAUGAGUAUUUUGCUCCAACUGCUAAAAAGAGGUGGUGUGUGUCUCUCUAUGGAAGUGGUCGUCAAACUACUGGAGUUUUCCCUCAGGAUGUCUGGCACUGCGAAAUAUGCAAUCGAAAGCCUGGCCGGGGCUUUGAGACAACAGUAGAGGUCUUACCGCGACUAUGCCAAAUCAAAUAUGCGAGUGGUACAUUGGAAGAACUAUUGUAUAUUGAUAUGCCACGCGAAUCCCAGAAUGCAUCUGGACAGAUUAUUUUGGAUUAUGCAAAAGCAAUCCAGGAAAGUGUCUUUGAUCAAUUGCGCGUGGUACGUGAGGGGCAUCUAAGGAUAGUUUUUAAUCCAGACCUCAAGAUUGCAUCUUGGGAGUUUUGUGCUAGGCGUCAUGAGGAACUGAUUCCGCGGAGAUCAAUAAUACCUCAGGUUAGUCAGCUUGGCACGGUUGUACAAAAAUACCAGGCUGCUGCUCAAAGUUCAACGAGUUUAACGACCCAGGACAUGCAGAAUAAUUGCAACUCGUUUGUUGCAUGUGCGCGCCAACUGGCUAAAGCCUUGGAGGUGCCUUUGGUAAAUGAUUUAGGAUAUACAAAAAGAUAUGUCCGCUGCCUUCAGAUUGCGGAGGUGGUAAACUGCAUGAAAGAUCUGAUUGACUAUAGCAGGCAGACAGGAUCUGGGCCAAUCAAUAGCCUUCAUAACUUUCCUCGGAGGAGUCCAGCAGGUAUUAACCCUCUUCAACCACAGCAGCAACAGCCUGAAGAGCAGCAAUCUGUUCCCCAGAGUUCAAACCAGAGUGGCCAAAAUUCUGCUCCUAUGGCUGGUGUGCAGGCUUCUGCCUCUGCCAAUGCAGACGUGACAUCAAAUAGUUCUUUGACGUGUGCACCCUCUACAUCUGCACCCUCGCCAUCUGUUGUUGGGCUCCUCCAAGGUUCAGUGAAUUCUAGACAAGAUCAUCCAAUGGGCACCGUAAACGGUCUGUAUAACAGUGGAGAUGAUGGCGUGAUUCCCAAGGUGAACUCUACAAGUUCAUUGCAGUCAAAUCCGUCUCCCUCUUUCUCUUCCCAGGUGCCCACAUCAUCCAAUAACAACAUGAUGCCCGCCCCUCAGAACACAAACCAACUCAGUUCCCCAGCAGUAUCAUCAUCAAACUUGCCUCCAGUGCAGCCACCUGCAACUCGGGCUCAGGAACCUGAGCCAAGUGAUUCCCAAAGCUCGGUUCAGAGAAUCUUGCAAGAGAUGAUGUCAUCACAAAUGAAUGGUGUUGGCCAUGGAGCGAAUGACAUGAAGAGACCAAACGGACUUGCCCCUGGUAUUAAUGGGGUUAACUGCUUAGUUGGUAAUGCGGUCACAAAUCACUCAGGAGUGGGAGGAAUGGGAUUUGGGGCCAUGGGUGGAUUUGGUUCAAAUAGUGCAGCUAGUGGACUGAGAAUGGCAAUGGCAAACAAUGCAAUGGCAAACAGUGGGAUGGCAAUGAAUGGCAGGAUGGGGAUGGGGAUGCAUCACAGUGCACAUGACCUAUCACAGUUGGGCCAGCAGCAGCAGCAGCAGAACCAGCAGCAGCACCAGCAGCAUCAGCAACAGCAUGACAUAGGAAAUCAGCUGUUGGGUGGACUUAGAGCUGCAAAUAGCUUCAAUAAUCUUCAGUAUGACUGGAAACCCUCUCAAUAGAUUGAUCGGAAAUACAAGUUCAAUAUGAUGAUGGUGCAGCUGCCCUCACUGGGCUCAUUGCUUAUGGAGCGUCAAUUGCUUGCUCUCUUGUGUCCAAGCAUUGGUGCUUUUGCACCAAGGGUGCCAUGGAAAGGAAUCAUAGGCGAUGGCAAGCAUCUCAGCUCGCGGCUGUAUGUUGCAACAGUAGUUGGUUCCCUGUGUAUUAUGCAACUAUGGUACUGGGCUACCUGCCUCGGUUAUCUUACCGAAAGAUAGAGUUAAAAGAUUAGAAUCUGCCUGCACUGGGCAUGGUCGGUGUCAGUGUUUGGUGUUAUUUCUCACCCGGAAAAGAAGUUUUCCCUCCUUUUUUUUCCUUAACGGAUGACAUCCGAACUGUAAUUUAUCACCGCCCUUGCUGUAGCAAUCAUAUGUGCUGAUAUCUUCGCCUGAGAAUUCUCUCGUUGUAGCCUUACUGUACUCUGUAUAAGCUGUCAUAUUGACUCGUGGAAAAAGUAUCAAGAAUGUUUCCGUCGGGUAAAA